AUGAAGAAUGUUACUCUUGCUAUUUCAAGCCCACAAAAAUACAGCGAUCUCAAAUACAACCAACCUCAGGUUCUUAGGGUUUUAGUGGGUGUCUCGGCAGAAGAUAUCGAAGGCUUAAUUGGUAAAGAUAUCACUGAAGAUAUCAAAGAGAAGAAGGAAGUGCGGUUUGGAACGCGUUUUUAUCUCACUGAUUGCAGGGAAAAGACAACUGGUACUAUGAGAUAUGCAUGUGAUGAAGUCACGUUGCGAUUUGAACCUGGUUCCGAGAUGAAGGCGGCUUUGUUUGGGAAGAACCCUAGCUGUGUCAAUUAUUGA